UUAGACAAGCAAACAAUGACAGACUUUGGAGAUGUUAUCAAUGCUGUAGGAGAUUUGGGGCCAUUUCAAAAAUGGCUGGUGCUGAUGCUCAGCCUUGCAAACUUUCUAACGGCUUUUCCCAUGUUUGGCCAACUGUUCAUGGUUCUGGAUGUGCCUCAUCACUGUAAGACAAGCUGGAUCUAUGCCAUUAGCCCAAACCUGACGGAGGAACAGCAGCUGAACCUAACGAUCCCUAGGAACACACAGGGAUCGUAUGAAGAAUGCCUUAUGUACGCUCCUGUGAACUGGGAUAUUGACUCCGUCAUAGAAUACGGCCUUAAUGUCACUAAGAAGUGCCAGGAGGGGUGGGUCUAUUCUGCAGAACAAAACCCAACGUUGGUGACUCAGUUUGACCUGGUAUGUGACCGAAAAGAGCUAAAUGACAUCUCCCAAUCCAUUUACAUGCUGGGACUUCUCCUUGGAGCUGUGGUCUUUGGUUCCUUAAGUGACAGGAUUGGGCGGCGUCCCAUCAUUUUGCUUUCCAUGCUUAUAAUGGGGGCGUUUGGUGUUGGAGCAGCUUUUGCGCCAAAUUUCUACGUCUACAUUGUCUUGAGAUGUCUUGUGGGUGCUGCUGUAUCUGGAAUCUUUAUAGGCAUCCUGGCUUUAGGUACUGAAUGGGUUGGAGUCCCCUACCGGUCACAUGCAGUAAUUGUUACCCACUGCUGCUUUUCCAUUGGACAGAUGGUUUUGGCUGGCUUAGCUUAUGGCGUUCACAACUGGAGGUUGCUGCAGAUUGCUGGAUCUGCCCCUGUAUUUUGUCUUUUCUUUUACAUAUGGGUCCUUCCAGAAUCUGCUCGAUGGCUCAUGACAAAAGAGAAGGUAAAGGAAGCCAAAAAACUACUUCAAAAGGCAGCAUCUGUGAAUAGACGGACCAUCUCUCCAGAACUGCUUGAUCAGCUGACGCCUGAGAAGAAGGUUAAGUCUGGAAAUAUUCUGGAUCUUUUCCUGAAGAAGCGCCUGAGGAAAGUGACUUUAGUUAUGGCUUAUGUCUGGUUUGUGAACAGCCUGGUGUACUAUGGCCUGAGCCUUAACGUGGGGAGUUUUGGCUUGGACAUUUACCUGACGCAGCUUGUGUUCGGGGCUGUUGAAAUACCAGCUCGCUUCGGCUGUAUCUUCCUGCUGCAGUGGUUUGGGAGGAAGAAAUGCCAGGGCUUCUUUCUGCUGCUGGGCGGAGCCAUGUGUCUCAUCAUCACCCGCAUCCCCAAAGAUUUGCCGGUGGUGGUCACGACGCUGGCAGUGAUAGGGAAGUUUGCCAUCGCGGCCUCUUUCUCUAUCUCCUACGUGUAUUCUGCAGAGCUGUUCCCCACCAUCAUCAGGCAGACUGGUGUGGGGUUGUGUUCAAUGUCAUCCAGAGUGGGUGGCAUCAUCUCCCCUCUGAUUAGUCUCUUGGACAAGUACCAUCCCGCUAUUCCCAUGGCGAUAUUUGGAAGCACUCCAGUGAUUGCAGGAAUCCUCUGCUUCUUGCUUCCAGAGACGCGUGACAAAGAGCUUCAGGAUCACACGGAGGAAACUAAGGAGAGCCAGUGGUGAGUCCUCAGAACAUGUCUGCAGAUAUUUAGAUGUCCCUCAUCUUUUCACCCAUGGCUAAAUGGCACUGGUGGGGUCUGUUGCUUCCCUCUUCGAUGCUCUUCAAGGCAGCGUUGAGGCCUGACUUGUAGCUCAUGAAAAACUCUGCAAUGCACAAAGUGUUUGAGCAUUGAGGCGAAACAAGGAGCUGUCCUCAACUGAGCUGCCAGCUCUUUCAGAUCCAUCAGUGAAUGAAGUGCACAACU